CUACCUUCCCACACACCUUCUGUUGCCAGACAACACACACAGACGCGAAACGCUACCACUGCUCCGAAUAUGACUUCUUCGCUAUCCUUUGUGUGCGUUACAUGCGGCACCAACACUCCGGCUGACGAUAUAGGUGCCCCACUCGCCACCUGUAUUAUCUGCGACGAGCCGCGCCAAUAUGUUCGCGUGGGAGGCCAGCAAUGGACCACCCUCGAGGUGAUGAAGGCGAGUGGCAAGUACUCUAACAAGUUCACUCCAACAGAGGCCGACCCGCAAAAUAUGAUUUCGAUUUCGACAGCUCCACAGUAUGCGAUCGGCCAGCGCGGCAUUCUUAUUCGUACGCCCGAGGGCAACGUCCUCUGGGACUGCAUCACCUAUCUCGAUGACGAGACCAUUGCCCACGUCAAGGAACUCGGCGGUCUCAAGGCCAUUGUGAUCUCACACCCGCACUACUAUUCUUCUCUCAAGGAUUGGAGCGAAGCAUUUGGCGGCAUUCCAGUUUAUACUCAUGUGAACGACAAAAAGUGGGUCCAACGUCCGGCCAACAAUCACAUCUUCUGGGAGGGCAAUACGCUCGAUCUCCUUGAUGGCGAGAUCAAGGUUUUGUGCCCGGGUGGUCACUUUGAUGGAUCAGCCCUCCUGCUCUGGAACAAGAACCUCCUCGUUGCCGAUACUAUGAUGGUUGCAGCUUCGCGCAAGUCCGUAUCGUUUAUGUACAGCUUCCCCAACUACUGGCCACUUCCGCCCAAUCAAGUCAAGACUAUCUGGAAGAGCGUCCGGCCAUACGAGGUUGAUAAUGUUUUAGGCGCCUGGGUUGGAAAGGAGAUCCUGGGAAACGGCCGCAGGAUUGUUUACGAGAGUGCUAAGCUAUAUACUCAGUAUAGCGGCCACGAGGUUGUCAAAUACUAUGGCAAUGACGCUGAGGAGCUUACUUUCAACUGAUCACCACUAGUUGCUAGAGCAGAUGCACAGCAGAAUUAUGAAUAAAGGGCUAUCAAGUACUGAAG